AUGGCUGUUCUGGAGGAGAUGCUAGACGGAGUGUGCCACUUCCAUGAGCAAGGCGCUGGAGAGAAGAGACGGGUUCUAUUCUACUACCCCAAAUGCCCACAACCAGAGCUCACUCUAGGAGCCAGAAAGCACAUUGACAGCGACUUCUUCACCGUCCUCCUGCAAGACCAUGUAGGAGGUCUCCAAGUUCUUUAUCAGAAUCAGUGGAUCGACAUGGGCCCUGUGCCAGGAGUGCUGGGAGUUAACAUUGGAGAUCUGCUUCAGCUUAUCUUGAAUGACAUAUUCAAGAGCUCUGAGCACAGAGUUGUGACAAACAUGGGGCCGAGAGUGUCUGCAGUGUGCUUCUUUUACAUGGCGAUGCUGCCAUUGCCAAAACUGUAUGGUCCGAUCAAGGAGUUGAUUUCUGUGGGUGAUCCGGUGAAGACGGAGAAACCACCAUCAUGGAGUAUAGUUCCCACUUUAGCACGAAAAGUGAUGAGACUUCGGCUCUGCAGCAGUUCAAGCUGUGAGCUUGGCAGUGGCAAACAACUGGUGCUACAAAUUGGAAAGGGGAUGCCUACAUUAGCAGAAAAUAAACCCGAGCGUGAUACAAGUUUGCUGGCUAGUUUGUAA